CCGCCGGCCCCAUGGUGCUGCCGGCGCGGCGCGAUGAGCCGCCCGUCCUCGGCGGGCUCUAGCAAGCCCUGCGCCAAGCCGCUGCCGCCCGGGGGGGCCUCCCCGCCGCCGCCGCCGCCCCCCCCGCCGCCGCUGCCCCCCCCGCAGCCGCCGCCGCCGCAGCACCAGGAGCUGACCUCGGUGUUCGAGUGCCCCGUGUGCUUCGACUACGUGCUGCCCCCCAUCCUGCAGUGCCAGGCGGGGCACCUGGUGUGCAACCAAUGCCGGCAGAAGCUCAGCCUCUGCCCCACCUGCCGGGGGGCCCUCACGCCCAGCAUCAGGAACCUGGCCAUGGAGAAGGUGGCCUCGGCCGUGCUCUUCCCCUGCAAGUACGCCACGACAGGCUGCUCGCUGACACUCCAUCACACAGAAAAGCCAGAGCAUGAAGACAUCUGCCAGUAUCGUCCCUACUCCUGCCCAUGCCCCGGUGCCUCCUGUAAAUGGCAGGGAUCCUUGGAAGCCGUGAUGUCCCACCUCAUGCACGCCCACAAAAGCAUUACCACCCUGCAGGGAGAAGACAUCGUUUUUCUGGCCACGGACAUUAACCUCCCCGGGGCAGUUGACUGGGUGAUGAUGCAGUCGUGCUUCGGUCACCACUUCAUGCUGGUGCUGGAGAAACAGGAGAAAUACGAGGGGCACCAGCAGUUUUUCGCCAUCGUGCUGCUCAUCGGCACCCGUAAGCAAGCGGAGAACUUUGCCUACAGACUGGAGCUGAACGGCAACCGCCGCCGGCUGACGUGGGAGGCAACGCCCCGCUCCAUCCACGACGGGGUGGGUGCAGCCAUUCGGAACAGCGAUUGCCUCAUUUUUGAUACGGCUGUAGCACACCUUUUCGCUGACAACGGAAACCUCGGCAUCAACGUGACAAUUUCGACGUGUUGUCCAUGAUGUCUUUGUGGAGCUGGUGAAGCCUACGCUGUUGGGACAUAGCGCUUUGUGUUCACCGAGGGUCUUCUUUGUGUUCUGGUUUAUUUAAUGAUAUUAACUAUGUCAUCGUCUACGCUAAGGUUCCUAACUAGCCAACAUUUUUAACUUUGGAGAGGAACAAGAGUGUCCUGUAAGUAAUAUGAACAGAAAAAAAAGGGUUUUUUAAAUUCUUGGGUGCCUUAGGAAGAUUCCACACACACAGAGUCACCUUUUUUAAUUUAAUUCUAUUUUAUUUAAAGAGUGCUUCCAUUAGACAUGUGGCUUAAGGGACUUGAAGGACUGCAUUCCUGUUUGGAGCACAGACUUGCUCUCCCUCACCGGUGAACUUCAAUAGCAGUUUUUUGCAGGGAAAGAGAAACCGAAGCGACCUCUCACAAGAGAAGUUGUGGCUCAAAGGGGAACAAUAGGUACUUCAGUCUUGCUACUCCAUUUCUUGCUCCCUUAUUAAAAAGGGAUGGACAUUGGGUUGUUUGCUUUUUAGAAGAGAAGAGGGGAGGAGGGGCUGAGGUGAAGCAGGGCGGGUUUGGCAGAGUGUGGGCACUGCCCGUUUUAGGGGGAUCGGUGAGCCCAGCACGGCCCAUCUGCUCACAGACGGGUACAGCUGAAAGCAGGAGGAACACAGCUCCUGUAUCCCAAACAGCAGAGCCAAAAAUACACAAAUAUAUUCAAGCUGUCCACAUGUCGCUUCCCUUGGAGACAUACUUGAUUAUUGAUUAUUGUAAAAGAAUAAUAAUAUAGCAAGAGCUUUAUGGCCAGUGUUGUGUCAUUUGCUAUU